UCGCAAUUAGGGGUUGAAAAUAAAGGAGCGUUUCAAAAACCUUCACCAAACCCUAGCCCCUGUGGAUCCUCUUUCUCAUUCUCAAAUUGGAUUUUAUAAGUAAAGGGAAAAUGACGUUUUUGUCUCCACUUGGGUUAGUAAGUAUUCUCAAUUUCCUUUUGUUACCUUGUUUGACAUCGGAAUGUCAUUUUCUUACUUGGAUUGUUUCGGUUUCUCCCUAAAAUUUGUUUGAGUUCACAAAAACUUAGAGACCAUCAAAAAAGAAUUCAUCUAUUUUUGAAACGAGGUGUUUGUUGUUCUUAAUUUUUGUCUUCUUAUUGUGAAUUUGGUACUAAUCGGUGGUCGCCGUCCACAAAGCAAGGUUGCUAACACACGCUGCAAAUGUGGUUCUCGUUUCCAAUUCAGGCCUUAUGGUCGGAAAAGGAAGCAAAUGGGGGAAGGGAUUUGGGAGAAACAGAAUAAUUGUUGUGAUCACAAUGAAGUAAAUGUCAUUUCAAACACAGGUAGCAGUGGGAGUACUAGUAGUAUAUUUAGUCCCAAUUAUGAUAUCACUAUCGAAAUAUUGAGUAGACUUGAUCCGGGUGUUUAAAUAUUGGGAGUACUAGUAGUAUAUUUAAAUGGUCUAAUUUUUUUUCUUGGCGAAACAAGAAUUGAUCCGGGUGUUUGUAUAUACAACCUCAGUACUCAAGAAAUAACACCAUGGGUUGAAUCAAAACUGUUAAGAGAUGUACGUAAGAAAGAACAUGAACGGUAUAAGGAUUUUCCUUUCGCUACUUGUGCGUUAGGAUAUCAUCAUGCCACUAAAGAGUAUAAAGUGGUUGGCAUAUGGGAGUCUAUGCAACCGUAUUAUACAAUCUGCGAGGUGUUAACCGUAGGAGACAAUGAAUGGAGACAUAUCCAGGUUUACUGAUUAAAAUUCGAGAAAGUGGUACCCUUAAGUUAUGGUUACUUGAUGAUGAUGGAAACAAGAAGAACUCAACAAGUUCUUGGACUCAAGUAACUAUGGAGCUACCUAAAACUUCGGAUGGAGAUAUGAAUGGUGUUUAUUUUAAUCCAGUUUCUGGAACAGACCAGAUAAUCAUAAAUUCUUAUGCUAAAACAUCUGAUGGUAAGAUAUCUGACACCACUUAUCAUUCUUAUAAUUGGAGAAACAAAAGCUUCAGUGAGAUUGAAAUCAGCGGGAUCCCCUCCUCAGUUCAAUUUUUUACUUCGGAAUCACAGGCUGAAACUUUCGUCGAGCACAUUUUGCCUGUUCAGAAGCAUACCUCGACAAGAAAUUGAUAAGUUUUUAUAUAUUUCUGUUGUUUCAUUUUUAUGAAUGAAAAGAACAUGCGCCAAUCAUAGUUAUAUUUUUACACUGGUAUUCCUAUUAAGUUAAGCUAUUAAAAUUCUGAAAAUUUUGGUAAUUGAAUUG